CUCUCUCCUUCAAAUUCAUUCCUCCUUCUUCCCUUCUCUUCUCUUCCCGCUUCAUCCUCCUCCUACGUACACCGGACGCUACGUUUCUCCGGCGCCGGCGGAUUCUACCGAUUGAUUGCGUUAGAUUUGUUGCUUAGCCCUAAGAAUUUGGGGGAUUUUGGUCUGCUUCAGCGAAGGAUCGAUGGAGAAAUCUAACAAAUGUGCUGUUUGUCACAAUUCGUUUCGUCCCUCAAUCUGUGUAGCUUGUGUUAAUCGCGGGUUAAACGAAUACAAAGUUACGUUGGACUCGUUGAAGAGCCGUCGGGAGGUUUCGUAUUUCAGAUUAAGUGGCUUGCUUGUCACAAAGGAGAAAGCAAUUAGUCAACAUUGUUGGAAGGAGCUUCAGAAUGAGAAGCUUGCUAAGUUGCGGGAGAAGCUCCAGUUACAAGUGGAGAAAUUGCAGCAAAGCAAAAACACAUUUCGGAGUUUAUCUCGCAAUCUGAAAGAGAGAUAUGGCAUUAUCGAAUCAACUAACGUUGCUUUGGAGAAGAGCCGUGUUCGCCAACUGGAGAACCACUAUUCUGAUACUAUAGGCAAUCACUACUUGGUAUAUAUCGAGCUUACUUCGGAACGCCUUUAUAAACAGGCUUUGGUUAUGAAACAGAUAUGCAAAUUAUUCCCUUUAUCCAGGGUGACACUAGAUGGGCAGAACAAAGAUGGCUGUAGCGGACAGUAUGAUCAAAUCUGCAAUGCUCUCUUACCACAAGGUCUCAACCCAUUCUCUGUUCCGCCAAAAGAGCUCGCAGCCUCUUUAGGGUACAUGGUGCAGCUUCUGAAUCUUGUUGUCCAUAAGCUCUCAGUGCCUGCACUUCAUAACUUGGGUUUCGCGGGGUCUUGUUCAAGAAUAUGGCAACGAGAUUCUUAUUGGAACUCUCAUCCGUUUUCACCAAGUGAUAGGUAUCCCCUUUUUGUACCAUCCCAUGAUCACUACUCAUUUGAAGGGAAAAGUUCAUGGACGAGUAAAAAUACAACCAAUUUUGGUGUCACUUCAUUGAAAUCAGAUGGAAGUGUAGAAGAAGAUUAUCAUGACCUUGAACUUGACGUUGUUAGCCUUUCUUCUGCCUCUCCUCAUUCCGUUGAAACAUUCAGAAAUCUGCAGCAAGGAAUUGCACAUCUCAAGCAAAGCGUGGCUCACUUGACUGUGUAUGGAUACAGGUCCCUGUCUCUGGAAGUUCCUUCUGGAACCUCGACUUUUGAAACAUUUGCAAAGUUGCUGGCCACAUUAUCUUCACUCAAGGAAGUUCAGUCUGCCUUUUCCCUUGGAUUGUCAAGUUCCAACAAGCAAAGACACGAGCCAAACAAAUCUGUGUGGAAUUUGAACUCCUCAAGUUCCAGCACCUUGCUGAACAGUUCUCAUACUCAGCCAACAACGUGGAACAGUAGCUAUUAUAAUGUUCCGAAUCGAGAUCCCAGCUACAUGGUGGAGUUUCCUGAUGUUAAAAAGGAUAAAAACUCUAUUGGUGAAUGGAAUUUGGUUGAGUAUCCUUAUUCUUCACAUCAACCUAAUCAUCCCAACAAGAAUUGAUCAUCUCAAGGAAGCACUCUUGAGAAUCAUUACUUUAGUCUAUUGCUUUAUCUUUAUGUUUGACAUUUGUUGUCUAAUACUGUGUAAUUGCUUCUUGUUAAUUAUGACUUCUUUUGUGAACGACGAGAUCAUGUGAAUUCUCUUGCAAGUGUUGGAAUUUUGAAAUAAUUCUUUUGUGUGUGUUUGAAUAAUUAUUCGUUGGAGUG